UUAUUUGCGGUUUAUUUACUUUUAAAGUAAUAAGUAAAGAAAAAGCAUAAUUUAAAUUUGUGGCAUUUAAUUGAAUCAAAAAUGGAAGAGACCGAGUCCGAAAACGUGACCAGUACGCUAUCUCACGACGACUUGCUCGAAGUUACGAAGUCUACUGUGUGUACUUUACUCAGUUGUGAUCCUUUGCUUGCCGAUUUGCCAACUGAUAUUAUACUAGAAGAAAUCCUUGCUCAGAUUGCAGUUGAACAUGGGCAAUCUAUUACAAUUUACAUAUCACGAGAGGAUGAACCAACUUUGAAAGUUAUUGUCCCCCAGAAUGCUUCAGUAAGGGAUCUCAAAAAGGCUGUUGCCAGGCAUUUUGAAAUCUACCAACAAAGGACUGGCAGCAAAGUGAAGAUCUCCUGGAAAUAUAUCUGGAAAACCUACAAUUUGUGCUUUGACUCACUUGUGUUGGACAAUGAUAAUAGCACCAUUGAAGACUAUGGGGUUACCAAUAAAGUGACACUGACUUUCAAGAAGAGGAGAAAGAAAACUAAGAAAUUUUCAUAGUAUCAUAUAUUUUCUAAGUUUAAAAUAUACGCUUAUAGAUAUUCCACAUGACAUGACACUUGUUAUAUAAUCUUAAACAUAAUAUCCCAUUCCUUUAAUCAAAAACAUAAUGUAUGUCACAAAAUAAUAAUAAUUGUUUAACCCUUUAACCGCCAGAGUCUGAUAUAUAAGACAUUACAUAUCCAGCUCAUUUCGCCACAGUCUGAUAAAUAAGACAAAGAUCUGAUUUGGUUUUUACAGCACAUUUAUAACUCCCGUAACUAUGCCAACCUUACUGUGCGUGGUACAAUUACUGUCGGUGGCGACACGAGCACGCUCGAUCAAAAAUCGCUGGCGGUUAAAAGGUUAAAAGUACUAAUUCCACUCUUCAAUGAAGUUGCUACAUGUGUACUAUUUAGUACUUACUAUUCUGUGAUCCUUUUUUUAUCCAAUAAUAGUUUAAUUUUACUUAAUAACAAAAAGCUUAG